AUGUGGUGGCUGUGCGAUGCCGUCGACCGCGGCUCUCCAAAUGCAGCGAAAGAGGAGCUGCUUCUGUCAUCGUCCACGGUUCAAGUUUCCAACCAGCUUCGGUUGUUUCUAUCGCUUGCCCUUUUGUUCGCUUUCGCUCCUUUCCCUUUCUUUCCCAAGCUCCAUUCCCUCGCCGUGCUUUCGUCUUGUCCCCCCGUCGGCGAUCCACCAUCCGCACGUAUAAAUCGCAUCGCGUCCUCCCCCUCGCCAUGGAUUCCUUCCUUCUCUUCCACCUCCGUGCCUCCAAGGGAUGCUCAUAGACGGUGA